UAGCAGCCCAAAGGCUCUUUUGUUUUCAGAUUACCACUCAUUCUCUCUUUUCCUCCACAACUCCUAGGGUUCCAAUUCAAUUCCGAAACACCAAAAUUCAUCAUGGACGUCGAAUUACACGAUUGGGAGGUGCUCCCCGAUUCCGAUGACUCCACCUCCGUCCAGAAUACCAGCUUUUUAGAGGGAAUCGAACGCGACUCUGAAGGUAUAAUAAGAUCUGAUUACUUUUCCCUUGAUUCUCAUACCAAGUAUUCGGCAACUCAGGCUGAAGACGUUAUCGACGCUGUUUCCGUCGAGUCGGACAAUCCUAGUUGGAUUGAUCCUGUAUGUGACACCGGUUAUCCGGCAACUAAGGCGGUGGGGGAGCCUUGGAGCAGCGAUGGUUCCGAUGAUGGUAAAUACGUUGAAUCCGAAGCGAACAACAGCAUAGUAGGUAUUGUUGAAACCGAAACAAGGAAAGUAGCUUUUGAUGGAAUUGCAUCUGUUGAUAUUGACGAGUCCGACGAAACUGAUUCAAAAACACGAAAAUUGGGGGAAAUUGAUGGUGGCGGUGAGGAGUCUGAGGCUUGUAGAGAAGAGGAGGAGAUCGUAGGAGCGAAUGAAGAUGUGUCCAGUGAAAGUAGGAAAGUAAAUGGUGAAGAAAGGAACAGAGUAGCGGUCUUGUGGAAGCUUCCAUUGGAUUUGUUGAAAUAUUGUUUAUUCAAGGCUAGCCCUGUAUGGACACUCUCCAUGGCAGCUGCAAUGAUGGGUGUUGUACUUUUAGGACGCAGAUUGUAUAAAAUGAAGCAAAAGAGCAGAACUUUGCAGCUUAAGGUCACCAUGGAUGAUAAGAAGGUGUCUCAGUUUAUGAGUCGGGCUGCAAGACUGAAUGAAGCAUUCUCAGUAGUGAAGCGGGCCCCCCUCAUUCGACCAUCGUUACCUGGUGCCGGAAUUGCACCCUGGCCUAUGGUGGCUUUACGAUGAAUCUAAAACUCUGGAAUGGAAUUAGAGAUUCUAUUUGGAUGUGUUUGUUUGUAUGUUGAUGUGUUGUAAUAUAAAGAAAGGGUGAGUAUUGUAACAUUCCAACACUUAGUGUGAUCUAUGACUAUUAUGUGGUUCUGUAAUAGUUAAAUCAUGAGCUGUUGUUAAUAUGUCGUUUGGCUGAUUCUAU